CAAGUUGGUAACCUUGAUUGCACAUGCGUUUUUAACCUCAUUAUUUGAGUCUGAAAGUUCUAUUGACACGGUUUUAUUAAGAUAUUAUAAGAUAUGGUGCGAAAAUUAAAAUAUCACGAGCAAAAAUUAUUAAAGAAAGUUGAUUUUAUUUCUUGGGAAGCAGAUAAUAAUUUACAUGAAGUCAAAGUUUUGAGACGCUUUAGAAUUCAAAAAAGAAGUGAUUAUACAAAAUAUAACAAAUUAUCACGUCAAAUUCGAGAAUUAGGAGAGAAAAUUAAAGAGCUUGAUGCUGACAAUCCAUUUCGCAUAGAACAAAGUGCAUUAUUAUUGGAAAAAUUAUAUAUGAUUGGUUUAAUAUCUACCAAAUGGGACUUAUCUCUUACGCAAAGAGUAUCUGCAAGUUCUUUUUGCAAAAGACGAUUACCAAUUGUUAUGGUUCGUAAUAAAAUGAGUGAAAAUUUAAAAAUGGCAACACAAUUAAUCGAACAAGGACAUGUCAGAGUAGGGACAGAAAUAGUAAAAGAUCCAGCAUUUUUAGUAACAAGAAAUCUUGAAGAUUUUGUAACAUGGGUUGAUACUUCUGCUAUUAAAAAGCAUGUAUUAGAAUACAAUGAUGCUAGAGAUGACUUUGAUAUGGUGUAAUUAAGCUGUAAGAUAAAUGUUUUUAUUCUUCAAGUUAUUUUUCCUAUUCAGAUGAAAUAAAUCUUUUAUAUAUACCUCAAUAAUAAUAUAGUUAUAUUUUUUUAUGUGAAUUAUUUUUAAAACGAUAUGGAUUAUAAGUAUACAUAUCAUGACUAUUUGCUUUAGUUUGCAUAAGAUUUGUUAUAGCAAAGCUAAUUUCAGAAGAUGAACAUGGACUAGUACUUUUAUCUACCUUUUUAUUUAAAUUUGUAUUUGUAUCUGUAUUUCCUAUAUCUGGACUUUGAACUUCUGUUUCUAAUAUAGUCUUGCAAGUAUCAUCAACGUAGGAGCUACAUAAUUAUAUAUUAAUUAUAUAUUACAAAUUUUUAUAAAAGUAAAUAUAUAACAUGUAAAAACAUCUCA